CCCAACAAAGGAAACUCAGCGGAAAUCGCUAAGCGAAGCGUUACUUUUCUUCACUUGUGUCUAUUUUGUUUGUCGUAUGUCCAUCCAGAAUCUUAAUACAUUUGACCCAUUUGCUGAUGCAAUAAAGGGUGCAGACUAUGAUGUGCAGGACGGUCUCGUGCACAUAAGAAUUCAGCAAAGAAAUGGUCGCAAAACGCUAACCACUGUCCAGGGAUUGUCGGCCGAGUACGACCUGAAGAAGAUCGUGCGAGCAUGUAAGAAGGAAUUUGCAUGCAAUGGCACAGUAAUUGAGCAUCCUGAGUACGGCGAGGUGCUACAGCUGCAGGGUGACCAGCGGGAGAACAUUUGCCAGUGGCUAACCAAGUCCGGGCUUGCUAAGCCGGAUCAGCUGAAGGUGCACGGUUUUUAAGCCUCAAAUUGUCGUC